GCAUAUAUAACAUAGCCGUCUUUCGCUAUUACAAUUCUCCAACUUACCCCUGUUCCGUUUGAGAUCAAGUUUUAUUCGAGACAAAGCAACAGAGGGUAUAAAUCAACUCCCUUACUUUACCCUAUGCAUGUGGUCUAUUUUAAACGAGUACAUUUUCACCAAUCCUGUGUCCAGCCCAACCCUAAGCACAACCCGCGCAUUAUCCCAUCCCAUCCUCUAUGAUGACCACAGCUUCUGCGCCAUUCACAUCCAGCUCGAUUGCAGGACCUGGCUCCCUCAACGCCACAUACAAUCAUAUCACUUAUCACAACAGCAGCACCAGCAACAACUCUCAUCGCCCCUACUCUGGCUCCGCACUUGGCUCACCGGGCCUUCCUACCCCUCCAUCAUAUCCAAGCACACGUGUUGGUGAACUCCGCCGGAGCUCUGUGCCGAUGCUUUCUACAUCAACUCCAUCAUCAUCCAAUAUGGAGUUUGUUCAACACAAACGCGAACCUUCAGUAGACCGACGAAUGACCAUCAGUCAUCCCGUCACCAAUAACCAUGUCCAAUACCCGCCCGUCCCUUCAUCAUAUUACUCCGCACAACCAGGAUCUCGCGCCAGCUGGGCUGGUUAUAGCAGCAAUUACAAUGACGGGGGAGGAUUUUUUCAUCGGGGGCCAGCAGCAGGGCACGAUGUCCGAGACGAUCAUCACCACGCGCCAAUACAUGGAUCUUUUCAUCCUGUCAGCAAUAGCAGCAUCAACAGUUUGGAUGAUGGGCAUCAGGAGGGUUUAUAUGCGUCGGAAUAUCUGCACGGCGCGUGCAAUGAUCAGCACGGCUAUCCUACAGACGGUAUGCGUAACAACUCCACCAGCGGCAUGCAGGAUUCGGGGUCGAUGACGAUGACAAAGCACCGCAACAAUUCUAUCUCGUCCAACGCCAGUCAGUCGAGCUCGUCGUCAAUGACCCAGGCGAACAAGCAUCCUUGCAAGUUCCCUACUUGCGGCUGGAGCUUUAAGCGGUUCGAGCACCUGAAGCGCCACAUGCUGGUCCACACGAAGGAGCGGCCGUUUGUCUGCGAUUUCCAUGGAUGCGAAAAAUCUUUCAGCCGAACGAGCUUUGAAAAUGCUAUGCCUGGACCCUUGAGUGGCACGCCGGGAAGCGCAGGGGACCGGGGUAGCAUCGUAGACAGUCAUAGCGGCGGCAUGGGAGGAGGGGAUCACGCCCAUCAUCGCCACAGCAUCGCGGGCUACCCUAGUUUCUCAGACUCGAGGCCACCGUUACAGUCGCAAAAUAACUAUUCGCACGGUUUGCCAACUCCAGUCCACACGAACCAAAGCUCAAAUGGCGGUAGCCGUUCUGCUCGGAGCUCGUACUACUGCCCAUCUGACGAGCAGCCCGACUUUGACACCAAAUCCAGCGCGUCUUCUUCCUCUUUCGGUCUCUCCACGACCUGAAAACCGCGUCCAAUGUUCCCGAAGGCGCUCACAAGCAGCGAUCGGUAGCUCCCCAUGGUGAUGAACGUGGGUACGCACCGGUCCGUCCACGACACCAUCAUUCGUUCAAUAAUGGACAGACCCCUUACCAGCGAUACCCAAGUCCGGAACGCGGCCCAAAAGCAUCCUCCGUCCCAGGAUCACCAACACUG